AGAAGUCGACAAAACAGAGUCACAGCCGACAUAUUACGUAAUGUUCAACAACAUUAGAAUAUUAAAACAAUGACAUCAAUAUGAAUCUUCGCUUAGACAAAAUGUAUUAUAAAUUCAUUGUUUUAUUCGUUUUUGUCUUUGUCGUGAGUGCGAACGUCUGUGAGUAUGAUUACUGUGAAUGUGAUGACAAUGUACGCAAUACAACCGUUCAGUGCGCUUUCGGUAACAAAGCUCUAGCCUCGAACCGAUCCUUACCAAACAAUACGAUUACACUGAUUCUGUCUAAAAGUAAUAUAACAAUCCUACAACCAUCAGAAUUGCUCAAAUCAGAUACAUUAGAGGAAUUAUUAUUGAGUUUUAAUCAUAUUAUCGAUAUAAAACCUUCCUCGCUUCAACUACCGCAACUAAAGAGGUUGGAUCUGAGCGACAACGAACUACAGGUCAUACAGCCGGGAGUGUUCGUUGAAUUACUUAAAUUGGAAUCCCUCAAUCUGGCCAAUAAUAAAUUCACCCAAAUAUCACGCCUCGACUUCCACCCUUUAGUGAAUUUGAAAGAAAUUAUCCUAGACGGUAAUAACAUUGGCAGAGAUCUGCUCGACACGUCUCUCUUCGAUCCUAACGGUUGUGGGCUUACUAAUGCAAUACAAAGUAUAUCUUUAAAUAAAAUAAAUCUACAAGAUGUGAGGAGAGAGUAUUUUUUGCAAGCCGACAAGCUCUCAAAUCUGAGCCUAUCAGGAAACAAUAUAACAACAAUACCUUAUUUUAAACAAUUAUUGCACCUAGACUUGUCUGACAAUCCCAUCGAAGUGCUUGAAUUCGAUCAGACAUAUCCACCGAUUAUUUCGGUUUUCAAGAUAAACAAUUUGAAAAUAAAAGAGAUCUCAAUGAAUGGACUUUUGGGAUUAUUCAAUGAAAUAGAAAUGGAGAGUAAUAGACAUUUAAGCAAUUUUUCUCAUUUAGCAUUCGGUUCCAAUAUUCUGAGGGACGAUUAUGAUUUCAUAACACGUAAAUUAUCUAUGAGGAGUUCAAAUUUAUCCUCAUUGGAUGAAAGGCUUUGGGUCCUGUUCAAACACUUGGAGGUGUUGGAUCUACAAGACAAUCCUUGGCACUGCGACUGUCGAAUAUCUUGGUUCCUGAAACUCAACAUACCUCUGAUAUUAAGCCAAGAACUCAAAUGUGCGACACCAUCUUACUUCAAGGGUAUAAGAAUUUUGGAUCUCAAGCCUCACGAUUUCGAGUGUCCUCAACAAACUGUCCCCAAAACUGUAAGAUAUAGUGAAGGUGUUUACGAACUGGCCGUCACCUUGGGAUUGAUUUUGUACACGUUGUUACUUAUCGUAACACUCAUAUGGAUCUACUUUUUCUUAUACCUACCGAGGACGAGGGUUAAAAAGAAUGAAUACUUACAAAUAUAACGGAAGGAAAAUA